UUUUAUUAUUUUUCCCUUCUUAUGACAUAGAACAAUCAUUAAGCCAUUCCAAAUGAUUCUGUGAAAUAUAUUAAUCUGAAAUUAGAUGUUUUCAAAAAUGAUUCCAUCUAAAGAACAUCAAAAUAAAUAAAAUCACAAUUUGUAGUGGUAAACAUAAACCAGAAAAAUGAAGUAAUCUAAGGAACAUUGUCAAAGCAACUGAAACACAUUGAUCUCUUUUGAUAAUAAAUCUAUUCUAGAAAAGAACAUCCAGAUUAUUUAAAAAGAGGAAAAUUAAUUAUAAGGGCGUUAUCGAAAAUUCCUAGACAUCUCUGAUUUCUCCUCUGGC